AUGAGCACGAACGCUUCCAUGGUGGUAACUGAAUUCGUUCUUGUAGGCUUCUCCUGCCUGGCGCACGUCCAGGGCUUGCUCUUCUCUCUCUUUCUCAUGGUCUACCUGCUCACCGUCACAGGCAACCUCCUCAUUGUGGCGCUGGUCUCAGGGGACCCUGCACUCCAGUCCCCCAUGUACUUCUUCCUCCGAAUCCUCUCCUCCUGGAGAUUAGGGACACAUCGGUCGGUGCCUAUGCUGCUUCACCACCUCCUCACUGGUCAGCGCCACAUCCCCCGCCGGGGCUGUGCCCUCCAGAUGUUCUUUUUCCUCUUUUUUGGUGCCACCGAGUGUUACCUCCUGGUGGUCAUGGCCUAUGACCUCUAUGCAGUCAUCUGCGAGCCCCUCUGCUACCCGCUGCUGCUGAGCCACCAGGUGUGUCUGCAGCUCGCAGGCUCAGCUUGUGCCUGUGGAGCCAUGGUGGGUCUUGGCCACACCUCCUUCAUCUUCUCCUUUCCCUUCUGUGGCCCCAACGCCAUCCCUCACUUCUUUUGUGAGAUCCAGCCUGUCCUGCAGCUGGUGUGUGGAGACACUUCACUCAAUGAAUUACAGAUUAUCCUGGCUGCUGCCCUCAUCAUCCUCUGCCCCUUUGGCCUCAUCUUGAGCUCCUAUGGGCGUAUCCUGGCUACUAUCUUAUGGAUCCCAUCUGCAGCUGGCCGCCACAAGGCCUUCUCCACUUGUUCCUCC